AUGUAUACUUGGAUAUCUAAAGAACCCACAAAACUUCCCAUCAAAUUGCCUGAUGGUAAAUUAAGAUAUCAAGAGUCUGAUAAUGAUUCUAACGAAGAUAUUUCUGAAUUCAUUCCCAUUCAGAAUAUCUCAAGCAAUAGUGAUAUAACUCAGAAGAAAGAAGAGUUGGCCACAAUAGCUCAAAUGAUUAUUGAAGACCCAGAAAAUAAUAUCAGGCAACUUAAAGUUCUGAGAGAAAUCUCGGCGAGCAAUAAUCUAACAAUCAAGAAAUUGGCACUUUUGACCCAGCUUGUAGUAUAUAAAGACAUCAUUCCUGGUUAUCGAAUACGACAACUGACUGAUAAAGAAAAGACAACAAAGGUUUCCGAAGAAGUCAAAAAAUUACGACAUUUUGAACAAAAUCUUGUAUCUAACUAUCAGGCUUAUUUAAAAUCUUUGGAAACUGAAUUAAAAGGUGUGAAUUAUCUGUUAGCAUUAUUCUCACAACGCAGUCUUCUAAUUCAACUUCCUUCUAUGAUUUGCCAAGAACACACAAUUACAGAGACAGCAUUAAAAUGCAUGUGUGAUCUCUUGAUUUCAGUCACACAUUUUAAUUUUCGAUUGAAUUUGAUGAUGACUAUUGUGAGCAGGUUAAGUACUUCCAAAUUCACUAAGAUGUCUGCGAUGUGUUGUGAUACGAUAAUUGAAAUCUUUAAAAAUGAUGAGUCCGGUGAAGCAAGUUUGGAUGCAGUUAAAUUAAUUACUAAGAUGAUUAAAUCCAAAAGCUAUGUUGUACACGAAGAGGUUUUAAAUACUUUUUUGCACCUCCGAUUAAAAGAAGAAUUAAGUGUUAAAACAUUAAAUAAUGAGGAUUCCUUUUAUGAUAAAACUAAAGGUAAAAAGAGAAAGUUUGAUAAACAAGGACCAAAAAAGCAUUUGUCGAAAAAAUUGAAAAAAUUGUAUAAAGAGAGAAAAGAAGUUGAAAAGGAUAUGAAAGAGGCUGAAGCUGUUGUGAAUAGGGAGGAAAGAGAAAAAACG